UUCAGGCUUGCCAUUCCCUUAUUUUAUAUUGGGCACAUUAAGGCAAUGUAAACUUCCCUCUUCUUCCUACACACACACACGCCACUUUCUCAAGCAGAGUGCGAAGAAGGGCGGGGUGCUGCAUGAAGUCUGGACCCUCCCAUUUUACUCCCUCCUCCCCCUUAUUCCCCUGAUACAAAAAUGAACCUGCUCGCGAGGCUGGUGGUUUAAAGCAGAGCUGCACAGCAUGCAGAACACACUCACACACAUUAGAGCAAGUCUCAUGACAUUACAUUAGAGGUGUGUGGAUGCACUCCACACAAACACAUAAACACACACUCAUAUAAACAUGCACAUGUGUGGACAGGACUGCUCCACUACUGGACCUCUCACUCAGCAGUACCCUCCAAAAGGUUUGUUUGACAUGUCUACCUCCUCAAAUGAUAACUUGAUUUUGCAGGGUAUCAUUUUGCAUCUCCUCUCUUUUUGAACAGAGCCACGGAGCCUAUAAAUAACAGCUCUUGUCCUCUAUGGAGUUUAAUUGGGCUUAAAUGGCUUGGCUGCUUAGGAAUCUAUCUUCCAGCACAUUCCUUUAAAACCCUUCUAACUGUGCUGGGAAACGGUUAUAGAACACCUAAAACUCCCCCUUUUUAGACCUCUCUGUGGACUAAACAACAGAGAAAGAGGGAGACCUAUCUAUCCCUUCCUUCACCACCUCCUUUCAGCAGUCCAGGCAGGAGAAACCGUGGGAGAGACGGAGAAGAGGAGGAAAGAACAGUAGAGCGGGCGCCACCGUCCAUUAAACCUACCCACAACUUAAUUUCCUGUAAUCUGGGGGUUCCUGUUGCUAGUGGGGACAUGGACACUUCUACACUUGUGUUGGCUACCGGGGACAAAGUGUGUGACAAGACGGUGUGCGAGGCACUGGGCCGCUUUGAAGCCACACUGGCGGCGGCGGUGCGCAAGGUGCAUGUGGACGUGAGCGCCUUCAAGCGGGGUGUGGAGCGGCGAGUGGACGAGGUGUGCCGGGCACAGGGACCCCUGUACGAGUCUCUCCAGCGGCUGACGCAGGAGAACCUGCAGCUCCGGAGCCAGCUGGAGGUGCUGGCCUGCCUGAUGGAGGGUCUGACGGGAAGAGUGGUGGACAGAAGCGCCCUCGAGGAGACGGCCGGUAGGGGAUGGAUCCCCAUGACUUCGUCCCAGGGGAUGGGGAACAUAAGCCAGGGGAGCCCCUCCACCACGGUCCCCUCUGGACUGUCGGAGUCUGGUUCUUCUGGUCUUGGUUCUGAUGCCUCUAGUUCUACAUCAGCCUCUCUCUCCAGCAGGGAGCCAAUGGGGGAUAUCAGCAUGUCUAAUGGACAUAAGGUUGUUGACAAAAUGGAAGAGGAAAAUGUUACUGCUGUGUUGGAGAAUGGACAUGACAAAGAAGUGAAGUCUGCUGGUCAUUCAUUAGCAGAUGUCACCUCACCCAAAGCAAGAUCGGAUUAUUUGUAUAAAUCUGAGGGCUCGUCAUUCGGCAAUCCUCAUCUUCCCUGCACUCCCAUGACCAAAACGGACUCCCCCACUAGCCCCAAACCGCCAGCACAAUCUCCUGCUUUGGCCCAAAAGUGUCCUGCUUCAACACCAAAGUCUCCUACCUAUCCAAUAGCAGACGUCACCACUCCCAAAACAGCACUUGAUGUUCUGUUUAUUCCCGCAGAGAGUUUGCCUGGACAACAUCAGGAAGUGAGGUCACCAGUCAGCAGUCAUGCAGCUCAGCAAGAGCACCCCACCCCUGUAUCUCUGGCCCCGCCCUAUGCCUCUGUCAGUGCCAUGAGCAAAACUAGCCCCGUGGUACCAACUGCACCAGCCCCAACUCAGUCUCCUGCAGCCCCAACCAGGUCUUCCGCAGCCCUAAGUCAAUCUUCUGCCGCCCAAUCUCAGUCUCCUGCAGUCCCUCCAUCUCCUGCCCCUGCACCCAAAACACCUAGACAAUCAGUAUUUGAGGAGACCAAACCCAAAGCAUCAGGAGAAUUUCCUUUCAAACGUAGUGAACGUGUAGUACAUGCAGUUAAGGCAGCGAGCCCGAGUCUUACCCGUAGCAUGAGCUUCACAGCAACCACAGAAAAACUCCUACCACCCAGAAAAGUGCCUUCCCCUGGCACAGACAGGAGUCUGGACAAGUUUGGCGGUCUGGAAAGUUUUGGCGGUCCGAACAAGUUUGGCAUUCUGGACAGGCUUGGUGGUCUGGACAAGUUUGGGGGUGGUGGGGAGCGGAAGCUGCAGAGGUCACAAACGCUGCCUCGCAACCUCGGGAUGCAGGGCAAACGGUCUCUGUUUGAGAGUUUGGCCUACGAGUGUGACAGGUCCAAGGCUGCAGGCUCCAAGCACAAACUGCAGCGCUCUCAGAGUUUCAACAGCGCUAGCAACAUCAAGGAAAUGCUCCUGGAGUGGUGCCGCUCCAAAACCAUUGGCUACCAGAACAUAGACAUCCACAACUUCUCGUCCAGCUGGUGUGAUGGGAUGGCAUUCGCUGCCCUGGUCCACUCCUUUUUCCCCCUGGUGUUUGACUACAACACACUGAACCCUGCCAAUCACAAACACAACUUUGAAGUGGCCUUCACCACAGCAGAGGAGCAAGCCGACUGUGUGCGUCUCAUAGAGGUGGAGGAUAUGAUGGUGAUGGGUAGCAGACCAGACCCUAUGUGUAUUUUCACCUACGUCCAGUCCCUCUACAACCACCUCAAGAAGUUUGAAUGACACUCCCAUGCAGAGACGAGCACCCCUAUCAUCACCAGUUACAUUGACUCAUGUCGUCAGCAAACCAAAGCACUACUCCCUACUUUGUUCAAAUCUUGAUAACUGUAUAUGACGAUUGUGCCUGUAGAAUUCUAUUUGAAUUCUUCUGGUCCUGUAAUAAUGUGCUGUGCAUUUGGUUUGGGGGAUUUAUUUUGCCUCAUUUAGAAAAUAGAGGUAGUGAAUUGGGGAAAAUAUUGGUAGUUAUUUUCUAUUGGUAUAAUACGGAUGCAUAUCAUAAAAGAAAUAGAACAAGAUCUAUAAACUAGUGUUUAUUAAGCAUGAAGCUAGCAAAACACCUGAAAGGCAUACUUUGUAGACAAUGCAAAUGAAAGGUGUAAAUUUAAAGAAAGGUGGCAGGAUCGGUGAUGUAACAUAGGUACCAGAGUGGCCAGAUCUGAGUUGGUGACUACGACUAUUGUGUUGUGUAGAAAUGAAUUACAUUGAUCUUUCCUAUGUGCAUAUAAGAAGAGGUUCAAAUAUACACUCAACAAAAAUAUAAAAACGCAUGCCUCUCGAGUGGCGCAGUGAUCUAAAGCACUGCAUGGUAGUGCUAGCUGUGCCACUAGAGAUUCUGGUUCGAGUCCAGGCUCUGUCGCAGCAUUUCUGCAGUCAGCAUGCCAAUUGCACGCUCCCUCAACUUGAGACAUCUGUGGCAUUGAGUUGUCUGGCAAAACUGUACAUUUUAGUGGCAUUUUAUUGUCCACAGCACAAGGUGCACCUGUGUAAUGGGAGACCUAUGGGGCUGUGCACAAUUGGCCCAGCGUCGGCCGGUAGGGAUGUUCUUGUCCCAUCGCGCACUAGCGACUCCUGUGGCAUGCCAGGCGCACGCACGCUGACACGGUCACCAGGUGUAUGGUGUUUCCUCCAACACAUUGGUGCGGCUGGCUUCUGGGUUAAGCCAGCGUUGUGUCAAGAAGCAGUGCGGCUUGACUGGGUUGUGUUUCGGAGGACGCACGGCUCUCGAUUUCACAUGACUGGAAAUACUGAUAUGCAUCGUUUGAUACCUUAAAAAAAGGGAGCGGUGUUGUUGGCCAUCUCCUCUGAACAACAGUGUCCUGACAAGAGAGCACAUUUUCUAUGCCAGGCGAAAUCGUGCCUCAUUAGCUCAUUGUUAUGGAUGUAUCCAAAUAAAUGUCACUAGAAAACAGCUUAAUGCAAAGGCAGCUACUGUUGUUAUUCUAUCUGCACUGUUUGACGUGACUGUAAGUUAGCCGUUGUUGGCUAGCUAGCAAGCAAAUGAUAAGAAUGUUGCCAGCCAGUAUGGCAAUGGAACAUUUAGAACGAAUGACUGGGUCGCGUCCAUAGAUACAGAACAAAAAGACUGGGUCGUGUCUCUAGCAACUGAACCGAUAGAAUGAAUGACCAGCCGGCUUGGGUUGCAACUCUAGAUUUGUGUCGGGACUAUAUCUUGUGGAAGGAUGAAAUAGUAUAAAUAAAUUCAUCAAAAUAACGUUUUUUAAUGAAAAUAUUUAAAUCCUUAUUUGAAUAUUGGUAGUUCCGACUUUGUCUUGGACCUAACAACACCCAUGCCAAUAUAUCCUCCAAACACCAGCUUCAAGGGCAUUAUCACUUGAAUAAGUGUACAGUAACAUUGCUAACAACAAGCGAACCUAUAUUCUAGGCGGUGUUAGAGGAAGGCCCCCAAAAUUGUCAAAGACUCCAGUCACCCAAGUCAUAGACUGUCAUAGACAGUCAUAGACUGUUCUCUUUGCUACCGCACGGCAAGCGCCAAGUCUAGGUCGAAAAAGCUCCUUAAGCUUCUACCCCUUCCCCCCACUUUGAUUUUACGCUGCUGCAACUCUCUGUUUAUUAUCUAUGCAUCGUAACUUUACCCCUACCUACAAGUACAAAUUACCUCGACUAACCUGUACCCCCACACAUUGACUCAGUACAUGUAUAUAGCCUCGUUAUUGUGUUACUUUUAAUUUUAUUUUUUACUUUAGUUUAUUUAGUAAAUAUUUUCUUAACUCUAUUUCUUGAACUGUAUUGUUGGAUAAGGGCUUGUAAGUAUGCAUUUCAAGGUAAGGUCUAAAACUGUUAUAUUCAGCGCAUGUGACAAAUAAAAUUAUAUUUGAUAAGAGGCAAUCCGUAAUUUCGAUUAAGAUAUUUACGAGCGAGCUAGGAUGGACGUAGUCAAUAUAAAUAUUUGUUUAGCACUUUUGAAAUGUACAGCGGCAGAAUUCAGAACAUGGGUCGUUCUUACAGUAUUCUCCCUGUACACCAAGUCAGAACCGUUCGAUAAGUAAAGGGGGCGUAUAGGCAGACAAUAAAAGCUCUUACAACAUUCGAUUAUGACAUUUCUAUUGGCUAAAUGUGCACCACUAAGUCAGAAGAGUAGGCUAAGUUAUGAGGGGAAAAGGGACCACAAUAUUAGAGUGAGGCACAUGGGCUACUAACAGCUUACUACACAACAUACACUUAGUAUUGCUUUCUUAGCUACAGUAUACAUAUCUCCCUGGCAUAUUACAUAAUUUAUGCAGCAGCAUACAAGACAUUUUUGGACUCACCUUGUUGUGCUGUGCUCACUUUAACAGGAAGGUGCCGCGGCGGUCCUUCGUGUGCAAAUUCUGUCAUCAAACUUUGUCAUUCUCUGGAUUGAUGGUGCUGUCAAGACAACUGGGAACUUGGAAAAAAACAAUGUUGAAUCAUGACGUCAGUGAUCUUCAGGUCAGAGCUCUAGAAAGAGGCCCGAGCUCCCUGCUUGGAGUUCCGAGUUGGAUGACCGUACAAAACGUAUUUUCCCAGUCGGAGCUAGUUUUUUUCAAAGUUCACAAUUGUCUUGAACUCAUGUCUGAGAUUUUCCAGUUCCGGGUUUCCAGUUGUUUUGAAUGCAGCAGAAGUAAUGCAUUAUUGAAAACAUGGCCAAUGUUGAAUGUUUAUCCUUUUAAGCUUGGAAAAGAAACCCUUAAACCCAGACUUGGACCACACACCCACUCUAUUGAAUAGCAGGCUAGUGAUUGCUUUGCAAUGCUUGCAGUUAGCCACUGAUUCCUUCCAAACCACUCAUUGUUGAAUUUGCGAUUUUCCAAAUUGUUGUGUAAUGUUUAUGUCCAAUGGCCGAUGAGUACCGAUACAUUUUAUCUAUAAUUUAUAUUCAUAAUUCCGCUGCCCCACCUGCCCUGAAUGACGGGUCGCCACUGCUGUAGUGAUUGGCUGUUUCCCAUGUAUGCUUUGCAUGUUAUUAAUAUGUGGUUCUCAUUGGCCAGUUAAAGUUUGGGAAAGUUAUAAAGUAGGCAUGCGGCCAGUGUUCCGUGAUAGUAGACUCAUGACAUGGACGACAAAUAUGCUGUUCCUGCCAGAGCGUCCUAUUCACACAACUGCUAACUAAUAUUGAAAGUUACAGCAUUGAACGAAUGUGGACUAUAUGUCAGCUGUCAGAGGACAUUAAAGUCCAAUAGCGCACGGUUGCUGUUCCUGAUGACUUAACUACUUCCCUGUGUGUGUGUGAAUGGAUGACGUGGUGUGUCCAUGUGCGUGAAUCGAUUAAUGUAUUGUUUCUGCACUUCAAUGUGUGAUUAUGCAGUUUUACAUAUUCAAAAGCUUAAUCAAGUUGUCACAGGGUUACUUUUAAUUGGUAAUUUCAUAAUUCAAAACAUUUUCUUGAACCAUCAUCAUAACAUGGCCUGUGCACUGUUACAAUUAAACCAUCUUUCACGCUUGCUCUCCCUCCCUGGCGCUCGGAGGCGCUAGGCUCCCCAGCAUUACGCACACCUGCCUUCCCCCACGCACACCUGCCUUCACACGCAUCAGCAAUUAUUGGACUCACCUGGACUCAAUCACCUGUGUCAUUUCCUCCCCAGCUCUAUUCUCCACUUCAGGAAUAAAGUUUGUUUGUCAUUUUGUUACCGGGUUCUGUUCAUGGUCAAUGUCUGUCCCACAUUAAAUGGUCAAAACGG